GGCGAUUAUUAAUUGUUAUUGCCGCUAUUAUUGAGUUUAUCGUGUGUUGCGGGUUGUUAUCGUCUUUUCUUCUAGUUGAUUUUAUGGUUUAUUGAUCGUCCUGAGUAAAGAGUGUCUUAUUUUGUUACUAAAAUGUUUUGUUUUCUCCGGCAGAUGCUCGGCGGAGGUAACUUCUCCACGCUGCUCACCCUGGCCGCUCUUCAGGACGGGAAGGGCGUCCCAGGGCAUGGCGUCCCCCUCCCCCCCACGAUGGACACCCACAAGUCCUUGCCCACCACGCCCACCACGCCCACAUCUACAGCCGUGACGCCGGGCCUCGCGGGGCUCUCGCUGGGCUCCGGCGGGUCGGCGCCCUCGUCGCUCGUGGCCGGCGGCAUGGGCGUGCGCGACCCCCUCAAGCCGCAGCUCGACUACUCCCGCUACGUGAAGCCCUACAGCUCGGCCCUGGAGUGCGGCACCCUCUCCUGCAGGGAACACAACCUCAGAGAACACUUCCACUGCCUGGAGUGCGACUCGAAGGUGUUCAGCAAGAAGGAGGAGAUGAUCAGGCACUUCAAGUGGCACAAGAAACGCGACGAGAGCCUCCAGCAUGGCUUCAUGAGGUACUCUCCCUCCGACGACUGCUCAGACCGCUUCUCCAACUGCUCCCACAACCGCAAGCAGACACAUUACCACUGUCUCAAGGAGGGAUGUGACAAGGUGUACAUCAGCACCUCAGACGUCCAGAUGCACGCGAACUACCACCGGAAGGACUCGGCGAUCAUGCAGGAGGGCUUCCAGAGAUUCCGGGCCUCGGAGGACUGCAACCAGCCCGGGUGCUCCUUCAGCGGCCAGAGGACGACCCACUUCCACUGCAUGAGGACCGGGUGCAACUACACGUUCAAGAACAAGGCGGAUAUGGAGAAGCACAAGACGUACCACAUCAAGGACGAGCAGCUGACCAAGGACGGCUUCAAGAAGUUCAUGAAGCAGGAAGAGUGUCCGUACGAGGGAUGCAAGUUUUCCCGCGUCGUCAACCACAUCCACUGCAUACGGCCGGAGUGCAACUAUGUACUCCACUCCUCCGGCCAGAUCUUCGCCCACAAGAGGAAGCACGAGCGACAGGACCACGAGCGCGCCUACAGGAAGUACAAGCUGGCGCAGACGAUGCUGGGCAUGCCCGAGGGCCACCCCGCCCUCACGCCCCUGCUGCACGAGGCGCUGCGCCCCCUCGGCAGCCUGGCCGGACACAUGGUCAACCCCAUGGUGGGUCCCCUCGGGGGCCCCCUGGCCGGCCCCAUGUGCUCGGCCGACCAGCGCAGCGAGGACUCGUCGUCGCCCCUGGGCCCCGCGCCCGCGCCGCCCGCCAUGCCGCUCUCGCUGCAGCGCCCGCCCGGCCCCCUCAUGGGCGGCUUCCCUCCGCCCGGCCUGGUGGAGUCGCAGCACCCGCUGGCGCGCCUGCUGGGCGUGGGGCCGCCGCCCGCCUCGCACGGCCUCUUCCCGGGCGCCUCGGCCACCAGCUCGGCCUCCACGCCCGCGUCCUCGUCCUCGGGCAACGCCUCGCCCGUCGACCUCAGCCUCAGCAUGGGCGGCGGCGACGACCGCGAGUGGGAGCGCUACGUGCGCUGCUUCGGGCGCGAGGACGCCUGCCGCGUGGGCUGCGACCUGUCGGGCGCCGAGCACUGGCACUGCGACGAGUGCGAGACGGUGUUCCGCGGGCGCGAGGGCGCGCGCGACCACGGCCACGUGCACGAGCAGCAGGCGGCCAUCACGGACGAGCACUACACGCGCGUGUGCGCGGGCGAGGACCCACGCCCGUGCCCGCCCGACUGCCCCGUGCAGGACCACGCCGACCACUUCCACUGCAACUGGGAGGGGUGCGGGGAGGCCGUCCUCAGCUCGGGCGACAAGCCCUUCCGCCGCCUCGAGCACUUCCGGAUGCACGACUACGCCCGCCGCCUCGCCCUGGCCACCUCGCCGGGGGCUGCGGGCGCGGGCGGGCCCAUGGGCGUGGCCGCCGUCACCUCCGUCGACGCCAUGUUCAAGCGGAAGCGAGGUCGCCCGCCCAAGAACAGGAUCAUUGAGGUUUGGAAUGAUUACCUUCCUGUGUCCAGCGCCCACGACUCUCCGCAGGCCAUCUUCACCAGCUUCAAGCUCCCGAAGACGUCUCCGCCGCCGCACGGGCCGCCCCUGGCCAUGCCGCCCGCCCUGGCCACGCACCCCAUGACGCCCCUGGGCCACCUGGCGCACAUGGGCCGCGACGCCUCGCCGCCCAGCCUCAUCAUGUCCAGCUCCGCCAACACCUCCACCAGCACCACCAGCAGCGUCGUCCCCCAGCCCGCCACCCUCGGGGGACCCCUGGGGGCAGCCCUGGGGGGCCCCCAGCCCGUCCUCCUGCCGCUCCGGGGGCCGCUGCUCGCCAACCCGCUGCAGCCUCAGGCGGAGGUGGUGGACGGCUUCUACCCAUGGGCCGAGGGCGUGGCCUGCCCCGACCAGCUGUGCCCACUGCUGGGGCGCCGCCACUACCACUGCGCCCACCCGAGGUGUCUGUAUGUCACCGCCCACACCGACGUCCUCCCGCUCCACGCCCACGAUUUCCACGAGAACACGCCCAUCCCCGAAGGGUUCAUUGCCAUCGACCGCAACAUUGACUGUCGGUCACCAAACUGUCAGAGCAACAAGGUGAACAAGCACUUCCACUGCACGCGCUGCGGCUUCUCCUUCGUGCGGUACCAGACCCUCGAGUCUCACGCGGGAAGCACCAGCAGAGGACGAGGGCGUGGCGGUCGCGGGCGGCGCCACCCACCACAGCCUCGGCCCGCAGUCGCCCAUCUACCUGAAGAAGCCCCGGCCGGACAGCCCCAUGGACACGCCGACCCCCGGCGGCCCCGCCGGCAGGGACUCGCCCUCCAAAGGACAAGACGUGCAGAUCUCUCGCCUCCAGUGGUCAAGUCCUCAGGGAUCUUCUACCCGCUGUCGCCCUUCCCGACGGCCAACCCCGGCGGCAUCCGCCCGCCCAACGCGGCGCGCGGCGAGCCCGGCGCCCUCGUGACGCCCAUCCCUCCCUCGACGCGCCCGCAGAUGUCCACCACCUUCACGCUGCCCGUGUCGGGGAGCCUCACCAUCACCGCGACGCGCCGCUCGCCGGGGCCGCAGGCGCCGCACUCGCCGGCGCGCGACCGCAUGGACCAGGGCGACGUCGACGACCGCGCCCACGACUUCGAGGCGGACGCCGCCCGCUCGCUGGGCGUGCUGGGCGGCGACCCGUACUCGGCGCGACUCCUGCAGCAGAUGACGGCCGAGCAGGCGCCCCUCGCGGCCGCCCUGGGCGCCGACUGGAUGAACCCCGAGCGCCACCCGCAGUACGGGCCGGACUUCUCGUGCGGGCGCCCCUUCUGCAAGCUCAAGAAGAAGGAGCACUACCACUGCCAGGUGUGCAACCAGGCCUUCAGCGAGCACGAGAAGCUGCGGCCGCACCUGCUGAAGCACGCCGCGUGCGGCCCCAUGACGCCCGGCGGCAUGGCGGCGGCAGGCGACGAGGACUCGCCGGCGCAGGUGAAGGAGGAGGCGGAGGACGCGGGCCAGGCGCCGUCCGAGGGCGGCGAGCGCCCCUCCAGCCCGCGCAGCCCCAGCGAGAGCACGAGCAGCAGCAUGGGCGCCACGCCGCUGGCCGCGCCCGCCAGCAGCCCGCGCUCCCUCAGCUCCAGCAGCAUCUCAGGUAGCAUCAGCGGCCCCCAGUUCCCGCUCGUGUACACGCAGGCCGCCAGCUUCCCCGGGCUGCCCACGCCCUUCGGGCCGCACCUGGGCAUGGCAGGCAUGUUCCCGGGCACCAUCCCCCGCCUGCUGCCGCCCGCGGCCUGGCAGGUGCACCCCGCGCUGGCCGCCAUGGCCCACCAGGGGCUCAUGCUGCCCGGCGUCAGACCCAACGGGGAAAUGCCCCACGGCUCGCCCGGCCCCGGGGGCAUGCCCGGCGUGAGCCCGGGGCUGCCGCCGGGCCUGCAGGCGUCGGGCGACCACAACCCGGUGCUGCCCGCCACGCUGGGCCCGUCGCCGCACCUGGCGCUGCUGGGCAAGCGGCUCGGCGCCGACGACUUCGCCGCGCAGGACGCCAAGAAGAUCCGCUCCAACCACUCCAUGCGCCUCCUCAAGGACGAGCCCGUGCCCGAGGGCUACGUGCGCUUCAGGUUCAACGAGGACUGCCAGUACCCGCACUGCGGCUACCGGGAGCACCAGACCCACUUCCACUGCAUGCGGAAGGACUGCGGCUACUCGUUCUGCGACAAGACGCGGUUCGUGCAGCACACGGCGCGCCACGAGCGCCUCGACACCCUCAUGGGCGGGGACUUCAACCAGUUCCGGUCCAACGUGCCGUGCGGGCGCCCCGACUGCGUCUACGCCUCCAUGAUAGGCCAGCAGCAAAACAAGGCGUCGCACUUCCACUGCCUCAAGUGCGACUUCGUGUGCACGGACACCAACAAGGUCGUGGCGCACCGGCGGCAGCACCAGAAGCGCGACUCCAUCAACGCCGCCGGCUUCGAGAAGUUCACGCCGUCGCAGCCGUGCGGCGUCCAGGGCUGCAACCACAACCAGAAGCAGACGCACUACCACUGCCUCAAGUGCCAGUACUCGGUGCUGGGCCUCAGCCAGAUGUCCGCCCAUCGCUUCCGCCACCUCGAAUGAAGUUGGUUCGGGGAGUAGUCUAGCGAGAUGCUCCCCUCAUGCGCCCCCGCCGCGCCGCCGCCGCAGCCUCGGGUGCCGCCGCCGUCGCCGCCGCCGCCGCCGCCGCCGCGGUCGUCGGGCGAGCGGGCGACGCAAGAACGGCGGCCGGUCGAGAGAGAGAGAGCUGGGCGUGCCGGCGGCGGGAGAAGGGCGUUCUUCCAGACUGCCUUGGAAAGUAGCGCUGGAAGACCUAUGUCUUGAAGGAACACCUCACGCGGGCACGUUUUAGUCCCCGCCGCAGAGACGGAGAGAGUAGUACGGCGCUCGGGCGCCCGUGUACUAUAGCGUAUGUGUUAUCUUUUAGCCGUACAUAUCAUUGUAACAUACCAACUGGUGUAGUUGUUAAACUUUCUACUGUACCUUGUAUCCAGUUUUUUGCUAGACAGAGGAAUUUGUACGAGCGAAGAAUUUGUGUUGAAGGACAAAAAUAUAGAUAUUGCUCUUAGGAACUCCUGUGUACAAUAGAGAACGGGGGAGAGAAACCAUGUUGUAUACGGUGUUGUGGUUGUUCUACUCGGUGACUUAUAGUCAAGGGCCAGUGGGCGGUGACCGGGUCACAGCCUGAGGGCGAGGCCUGGGUCACCAGGGCGGGCCAGGUCAGCGCCUGACCUGGCCCCCACCGCCGCCCCUGCCGAUUUCCACGCUUUGUGGACUAUAAACUGUGUUAAUCUGUUGGUUUGCUACGAACCAAUAUUAUCCUUAACUAAUUAUUAUUUUCCUGGAUGUAUGUGAUGCCGACGAUGAUUAUGUAUUCUAUUGGUAUUCAGUACCAAGCAACCGAAGCCUCAGACCUGAACGAAACCCGAGUGCCUUGUUAAAGGUUAAACACCAGUGUCUUUGAGAUAGUGUCUUACUCGAGGUCGGUGUGGUGCUGCAGGUGGCCGACGCGAGCGACCGGAGGCGGCCACUCGCCUCCACACCUCCUUGUGCCUUCUCGUAUCCACUUGCGACUUUCCCGCACCACCACCACCGCCGCCUCCACCGCCUCCACCUCCACCACACGCACCCGACCUCUACACUCGCCCCCACGCCCAACACCCUUCAUAGCUUUGCUGAAUAUAAUUUUAUACUAUUUAUUCUUUAGUGUUACCAAAUAUUAGUGCCAAGUAUUCCGUACUCAUUCAAUUAUUUUCUGUAGUGCCAAACCAUUUCUAUCAUUUUUUUCUCUUUGUUUGUAAUUUGGUGGCAAAGAAUGUGCCAAUAUCAAUAAUCGUUUUUUAUGUUUUAGGAAUUACGUAUGAUAUAUAGCACUGACUCGCGUGCAUUUGCAUUGCAUAUUCAAGCCACGGUAGCGAGAGUUUGAGUCUGCUGGCUCCGGCGGCGCGAGAAGGCUGGCGCCAGGAGGCAGGCAGCCCGCGCCGCCGCAGGAGCCUCGCGCCCCCGCGGCGGGCGGGCGGGCGGCCGGGCUCCUGGGCUGGUGAAGGCGCGGCAGACGUCCGGCAGGGGCGCCGCCGGCACCUCCUGCCGGCGAGGGAGGGAGUCCAGGGUAGUUGUAAGGACCUCCCAGCGUGAGGGAAGGAAGGCCGCUGAGCCUCUAAGCAGUAGUGUCUUGUUUGCUGUGAUGUAGGACGUAGUGUUAGGAAGACAUGACCAGCGCGGCCGGCGUGACGCGAGGCAGUCGGCGGCGAGACCCUCCCCCCCUGCGCCACGCCCCCGGCCGCGCCCCGCCCGCGCCCGCGCCGCCCCGCCCACAUGCUCUUUAGUUGGUCACCCACCAAAUAUACUUUUAUUUAAUAUUCCUAAAGCCAAAUUGCAGUUUUGUGGCAUUCUCGCACCUAGAGCGUGUACCUCCUUGUUAUCGCAUGGCGGUGGAGCGGCGCGGGGGCGGCG